AUGGCCUCCCCUCCCGACAUCCCCCCCUCUGCCCACUACCACGCCACCCUCAAGAAGUACUUCGGCCCCCUCAGUCUGCGCCCCCAGCAAGCUCCAGUCAUCUCUGCCCUUCUCUCCGGCCAAGAUGUUCUUCUCACGGCCCCCACGGGCCAUGGAAAGUCCCUCUGCUUCCAGCUUCCCGCUCUUGUCCACCACGAAGUCUCGGGUGCCGUCUCCCUUGUCGUUUCCCCCCUUCUUGCCCUCAUGAACAACCAGGUCACCGCCCUCCUCGCCCGCGGCGUCCCGACUGCCUUGCUCUCCUCCGCCGAGACUGUCGCUGCCAACAGAAAAGUUCUCACCGCCCUCGACACCCGCGGCGCCAUCCCGUUCGCUAUGCUUUAUAUCACCCCGGAGAGACUCGUCAAGGGGUCCUUCAUGUCCUUGCUACGCCGUCUGCAUCACAGGGGAAAGCUGGGCAUCCUCGCCAUCGACGAGGCCCAUUGCAUAUCUCAGUGGGGUCACGACUUCCGAACAGCUUAUUCUAGAAUGGGCGUCAUCAGGGACGAUUUUCCCACCCUUCCCAUUGUCGCCCUCACGGCCACGGCAACUGCCAAAGUCCGCGCAGACAUUAUAUCUAGCCUUCAUAUCCCAAACGCGCGCCACAUUCACACCUCGUUUCUCCGCGCCAACAUCCGCUACGAAGUCCGCUACGCCGACACCAUGGAGACCGAUGUCAGCGAAGACCUCCGGGUCACUGUCGAGGACCUCACCGUGCUACUUCAGAGCGCCGGCGUCCCCGCGGUCGGCUAUCACGGCGGCAUGAGCGCCGGGAAGCGCAAGGAAGCGCAGCACUUGUUCGAAACGGGCCAGCGCCCCGUGGCCGUCGCGUCCAUUGCGUUCGGCAUGGGCAUUGACGUCGCUGGCAUUCGAUACGUCGUGCAUCACUCAUUGCCUAAGAGCGUCGAGGCCUUCUAUCAGGAAAGCGGCCGCGCGGGUCGCGACGGGCUGCCGAGUGAGAGCGUGCUCUACUACUCUAAGAAGGACUUGGAGCUCAAUGAGUAUUUGCUUGCUUGCCACCGGAAGAAAUCCGAUGAGAAAAGGAUGCAGGCCGCCGUCAAGGCGCAAAAGGCUAUGAAGGAGUACUGCACAAAUGUCAAGUGUAGGCGUGUGGCUUUGCUCGAGUAUUUCGGGGAAGAGGCAUCGGCGGCAAAGGUGUGUGGUCGGAGCUGGUGCGACGUUUGCUUUGAUCCAAAGGAUGUGAAAAGAAGGAAGAGAAGGACUCAAAUCAACCUUAGCGUCCCGCCCCGUGCCAUUAAGUCCGCUUCCUCUCGACCGUCGACGCCAGCGGCGGACUUUCAAACUGCACGUUCAAUGAUGCAAUCGCAGCAACGCACUCAGAAGGCUGCAGAGGAGCAGGCUGAAGUGCAAAGAGCAAGAAAGCCUCGUUCGCAUAUCAUCUCAGAUGACAUUGCAGAUUUUAGCAGUGGUGACGAGAUAUGCGUGGACGACCGAGCAAAGCUGGAAAAGCUGAAAACAAGCAAAAACUUUGUGAUUGAUCUCAUUGCCAUUGAGAAGGCAGAAGAGGCGUACGAGAAGAAAAGGGAACUCCGUCGAGGAGGCACUGGGAGACUGCAAGCGUUGAGAUCAAACAAAAAGCCUCUUGUCCCAUGCAUCACAAUUGACGACGAUGAUAGAGAUCCACCCUCUCGUCUGAAGUUGAAGCGUGGAAGGCCUUUGCUUCAACCUGGAGAACACAAGACCCAGCCUCGCGACAACCAUCCCGUAAAACAGAAAAAGCUGUCCCUUGGUCGAGUUGGGUUUCGGAGAAUAUCUCCGGAAUGA